AUGUCCAACGUCAGCGGUUAUCCAAUGGUUGCUUUUCGCACCAGCGGGCCAGCCGGGACGCCGGUACUUUGGGGUUAUCCACCUGGACUUUCCCUCGUUGACUUGGUUCCAGACGACAUGAAGGCGUUGACACAUCCUCACUGGAAUAAAUUUCCACCUGUCAAUCCAAUGUGGCACUACUUGCUGGGACUCGUCUACAUCCUUCUUGGGGCCAUUUCCAUCACAGGCAAUUCGCUGGUUCUUCAUCUUUUCACGAAAACACAGGAUUUGAGAACUCCAGCCAACAUGUUUGUUGUGAAUUUGGCUUUCUCUGAUCUGUGCAUGAUGAUCUCGCAGUUUCCAAUGUUUGUCCUCAACUGCUUCAACGGAGGAGUUUGGCUUUUUGGGCCUUUCUUGUGUGAAUUAUACGCCUGCACCGGCUCUAUUUUCGGAUUAUGCAGCAUCUGUACAAUGGCGGUCAUCAGCUACGAUCGCUACAACGUAAUCGUCAAUGGGAUGAACGGAAAGCGCAUGACGUACGGUAGAGCCGCUGGUUUUAUCGCGUUCUGCUGGGCAUACGCAAUUGGCUGGAGCAUCCCUCCCUUCAUCGGAUGGGGAAAAUACAUCCCGGAAGGCAUUUUGGAUUCUUGCUCUUUCGAUUACCUUACCCGUGACACGGCAACCGUUUCCUAUACUUGCUCGCUGUUUGUAUCAAAUUACUGCACGCCACUUGCCAUCAUUAUCUUCUGUUAUUACCACAUCGUGGGUGCCAUCUUCCACCACGAAGAAGCUUUGCGUGAGCAAGCAAAGAAAAUGAAUGUCACAUCACUUCGAUCCAAUGCCGACCAGAAUGCCCAAAGCGCUGAGAUUCGUGUCGCCAAAGUUGCCAUGAUUAACAUUUCUCUUUGGGUAAUUAUGUGGACACCGUAUGCGGCCAUCGUUUUACAAGGAGCUGUCGGUAAUCAGGAGAAGAUUACACCUCUGGUUACCAUUUUACCGGCUUUGAUUGCAAAAUGUGCUUCAAUUGCUAACCCCAUCAUCUAUGCUAUUUCUCAUCCAAAAUACCGUCUGGCUUUGCAAGCAGAACUUCCAUGGUUCUGCAUCAAUGAGAAACCAUCGACUGGAGGUCGUGGUGAAGACUCCCAAUCAACAGCUACCAGCAAUACGACUUCGUCAGAUGUGUCUAUACCUUGAGUAAUUAAUGCAAUCCUUAUAUUCUAUGGUACACAAAAUGAUUCGAAAAAUGGCUAAACGAAACCUUCCGGAGCUCCACGAGGAACCUUACGGAACUUUACGAUUCCUGGAAAUGCAAUUAUUAUUAUUAUAUCAUAUUCGAGUUGGAUUGUUAACACACUCUUUCCUGUUUAGUUAACCUGAAAGAUUAUAUAGCUCAUUCUAAUGUAAUCAAGUCAACCUUUAUGUUUGCAAGUUUUACCUGGUGAAAAAUAUAUACAAUAACUGUAAACUA